CUGCGUUCUGAUUGGUCGCUUGGAGAAUAAGGAAGUGCGCGGCGAUGUGUAUGUUAUACUUCAAUAAACCAGAAUAAAGAAUCCUGUUGGUGGACGUUUUAGGCUAAAAUGUGUCAGACUUUGAGCUGCAGACUUUAAUUUUUAAACCCCAGUGAGUGACUGUAGGUAGUUUUGAGCGCGCAGGUGACAUUUAAACGAGCGUUUCCGUGUCCAUGUUGACGGACACGAUCAUUUGGAGAGGUCGCGCGCUCUUCCAGCCCCGUCAGAUGAGAGCGACCUAACAAUAUAUGACCAACCACUUCAUCGUUACUGUAGAAGAUCGACAUGGAUUAUCCACGAGAGAAAGACUCGCAGUACAAUCAGGAUGAAAAGAGACCAAUCAGGAGAGUGCGGAGUCCCUCCCGGCCACGGGCAUGGCACCUGCCAAAUAUUCACAAACCCAGAAUUGGAAGAGGAUUGUACAAACCUCACUUUUCAAGAGAUGACCACUCAUUCUACAGAGGAGGUCAUAAGUACCACUACUUUAAACCCCGGUUAGGGAUCUAUCGUAAAGAUUACCACCCCCCUAAACCUCACCGAGUCCCCGUGAGGGAGGAGGAUGAGAGGGAGGACAUGGAGAGACAGAGAGAGAAAGAGAAAGUGAAGGAUGAAAGGGGGAAGGAGCAAUACGAUCUGAGAGAAUCCAUCGAAAGAAAUUCACCUACAAGACCAAGCAGCACUCCUAGACCUGUCUUACCCAGAGCCACCUCCAGCAGAGACAAGGACGUGCAGUUUACAGUUUCUCUGAGUGACAGACACCAAAGCAGCGAGAGAGAUCACAGAGCGUCCAAAAGUAAAGACAGAGAAUGGAGCAGAGACAUGGAGCUUCCUUUAACUGCAAGCCAGACAGCAGCACGAGACAGAGCCAUCCAGCAGAAGAGGAGGGAGAUAGAUGAGGUGUACUAUCAGGAGUGUGAAAUAUUCAGCCUGGUGGUGAAGAUGCUUAUCGCCAAAGAUCCCUCCCUGGAAGGUCCCAUUCAGUCCGCCCUGCAGGAAAACCUGCGGGAUAUUGGCAAGCGCUGCGUGGUGGCCAUGAAGAAAUUUAUUGAGGAGUAUGACUCCAGGGAUCUACUGAACUAAACAACUGUUGGCCUUGUUUUCCUGUUUAGUCAGAUGUUGUAUGUGAUUUCAUGUGAAAGAACUCAGCUUUAGUCCCCUACAUGUGGUUUUGUUGUGUUUUGUAUAGUGGAACUUCUUUUAUAUUUUCUCUUAAGACUACUGUUAACCAUGAAGCAAUACUAGUGGAAAAUUAAAGAGACUUAAGAGAUGUAUCAGGGUGAAAUCUACAUUUGUGUGAUUCCAAAAUGUCAAACUCAAUAUAUUGAAAAUUACUUUUACAUCUUUUAUAAUUUAUUCUUUCUACACUUUUGAUAAAUAAACUUUAUAUAUAACAUAAGCAGUUGUUUGCAGUGACGUAUUCAUUUUUCUUAAAGUUCCACUCCAAUC